UAUGGGCUAUGGAGAUUAUACUGGGUGCUACUGAAAGGCAUUUAAAGAAUAAUGCAGUCAUCAGGCACAGUCACUAUGGGUUCACAAAGGGAAAAUCCUGCCUAGUUAAUUUGAUAUCUUUCUACUAUAAGGUCACAGACCCAGUGGAUGAAGGGAAGGCAGCAGAUGUAGAAAUUUCUGGAUUUUAGUAAGGCUAUUACUAUGGCAGCAUCCUUCUGGACAAGUUGCCCAGCUGUGGUUGAAUGUGUCCAGAGGAGGGCAACAAAGCUGGUGAAAGGGCUGGAAGGAAUGCCCUGUAAGGAAUGGCUAAGGACUUUGGGUCUGCCUAGUUUCAAGCAAAGGUGGCUGAGGGGAACCUCAUUGCUUUCUACAGCUUCCUGAGGAGGGGAAGUGGAGUGGGAGGUGCUGAUCUCGUCUCCCUGACAUCCUGGAUGCAUGGGAAUGGUUCAGAGCUAUGCCAGGGGGAAGUUUAGACUGGACAUUAGAAUGCAUUUCUUUACUGAGAGGGUGGAGAAACCCUCGAACAGGCUUCCUAGAGAGGUGUUGAUGCCCCAGGCCUGUCAGUGUUCAAGAGACAUUUAGACAAUGCCCUGAACAACAUGCUUUAAGUUUUGAUCAGCCCUGAAGUGGUCAGGCAGUUGGACUAAAUGAUUGCUGUAGAUUCCAUCCAACUGAAAUGUUCCAUUCUGUUCUGUUCUGUUACUCUGUUCUACUGUAUUCUGUUCUGUUCAUUCUUUUUCAGACAUGCACUAAAGGUUCAGAUGGUAACAGACCUCAAAAGUAAUUCAGUACCUGUUCUGUUGCUUAUCAGUAUCCCUCAUUACCAGACACAUCAGGGCAUAAAAAGGAAUUUAACUCAUCCCUCUGUGAAAUAAUAAACCAUUGCCUCCUUUGUAAAAUCAAACGGGAUAAAACAACAUGUGACAAACAGCACGCAAUCAGGAUCAAAAAAUGUACAGAUUUCCAUUUUACAGAACUCAUAAGAGUUAUGUGUGGGCCACGUGACAUGGGCUGGGCCAGCAGCCGUUCCUGCUUUGUGAGGCAGAGAUCAAGAUUCCUCUGGAGUUUCCUGCUUUUGUGGGAUAGACCUAGAAGAGCUGCAAAAGCGUAGAAGGUAUGUGAUCGUCUAGAAAGUGCCUUGGAUUAAGAACCUGGAAAAACAAGGUUUCACACUCAAAACUUGUACAACAGCAUCUUCCCAUCAUUCAGCAGUGGCUGGCUUUUAGUUUCAAAAGAAAUCUUUAUUGCCUCCCUAGAAGAAAACUCAGAAGGAGGGAGAGUUUUUACCAGUGUCCCAUCCUCAGGUCAGAAGGAAAAGGAGCAAGGACAAAAGCGCUUGCACAUUUUUCCUUGUGAUGAAGAGAGAACGUAAAACAUGACUGUUUCUACCUACCGAAACCUGUCUCGGAUGUCUGUCCCCUUAACUGCUCAUCUGUUUUCAAGUGUCUGCUACCAGCAUCUGUACUGCCAUGUGGUUAGAGACACAGUGGAAGAACAUCCGCCAAGCCUUGUUGCUUCUUUUCACUGCUGCUCUUCUCAUUGGGGUCACCAUGCUGGCCAUUUCAUCCAACAUCAAUCCAGUAGGCUAUUUCUUCCUAGGGGUAGGGGGAGUGUGCCUGAUCGGCUAUUUGCUGAGUGUGUUUGUUGAGUGUUACCUGAGGAAUCGACAGCGACGUGACGCAAACGAGGUAUCUCCAAACAGGCAAAACCAAGCAGGGGUGAACGCUGCCUAUGAAGCACCCACCUAUGAGGAAGUGAUGACCAUGUCAGUUCCAGCAAUAUGGACAAUUGCAUCCAAUCCAGGCUUAGUGCCCUCGCCACUGAAUGAGCCUCCUCCUUACAAUGUAGUUAUUGAAUCAUCCACCCAAGAAGAGAUUAUGGUGGAGGCUCUCAGGAUGUCAGUGGCAUCAGACGCAGUGCGAACCUCUGAGACAGACACAGGACCCAGGAUGCAGUUGCAGCUGGUGCUGCCCCCAAGACUGCAGCGGUUUGUUUCGGAUAUCCAUGAAGUGAAAGGUGUUGAAGACAGGUUUGAACCACUGGAGCCACUCACUCCACCACCUGCUUAUGAGAGUGCUGUCAACGAUGAUGUCUUUGAAGAUGCUUUCCAGCCCUCCAUAUUAUGAUUCAUUUCACCUUCCAGGAAUGCAGAACGAAAUCCUCUGCCCAAUAUAGAAUGCUCCUAGAGGGAAGGUGAAAGAGCUGAGAUAUUUCACACCAGAAACUGUAGAAAUUUGCCUCACCAUUCUUUGAACCAGAGCUGAGCUAGAGGCACAGCUUCUGAUGUCACUAGAACCUUUUGCACAAAAUACAAACCAAUGCAAUACCACAGUGCUUUGUCUUAGCAGAUACAUAAAACCCCUGGGAGGAAAGACAUGUUAUACCUGGCAACAAUUCUUAAACUGGAGAGACACCUUUAUGGAGGAGGAAUGUGAAUCCUGAGAAAAGGUUUCCAAAGGACCUCUGAAGAAGGACUGUAGGAUGCAGUCAGGAGAAGUUGCCUGGGAUAGGGGAAAAAUAGAAACAGCACUAAGUAGAUUCUGCCUGUGCAUUACAAACAGCUUUGCAAUCAUCAGUCACCCUAAAACCCCUACUGAGAGACUGAGGCUGCAGUUCCCCCGAGUUGCUGCUUUGCAGCAAUACAAAUUUAUAGUCUACACUGUUUGUUGCUACCCCUCUGCUGCACUUGCUGGGCAUCCUUUGCUGUGUUCCACUACAUCUGACUGAGGGAAGGAUGGCUGUCUUCAUCUAAAAGCUGGCACCACCUCAUACUUGUCUCCUGGGAUUGAAAAGCUGAUGGCAAGCAUGGCACCAUGAAAUUACUUCAGUACCUUCACAGGGUUCUUACCCACACAGCCUGCAGUGGUGGACAAGAGGGAGAUAAUAGCAGCUUUUUUCCUGUAAGAGGAGCUGGCAAUGGGAUGUGUACACACAUACAUGUCCUCUGCCUGAACCCCUGCUCCUUGCAGCUCUACAGGAGGGUGUAUUUUUCAACUGUACUACAGGCCCAAACAGAUGACUCAAGAUACUUUAUUGUUAUCAUGGCAAGCAUUUGCACCUCCAGCUCUCCAUAAUGCUGCCAUGCAUGGAGGCUUCUCUCUGGACUCUGCAAAGGGCCAGUCCAUCUGCCAAGGCCACAGCUGCAGCAGAGCACCCUGGAGAAUAACAGCUUUGAGGCACAUGUGGUGUUCUCGUGGCUCUAGGCUGGAGCCAGGUUUCAGCUCUCACUGAUCAGUGAUGCUGUGCGGUCAUUUACAACGGUAGAGCUAACCUGAUAGGCUGUGCAGGGUUAAAGCAGUCUGCAGCAUGCAAAGAAUCAUUCAUGUCUGGCGAGUGUCCAAAUAUAAACAAUGAAAUAAGGUGGUCUGAAUCUCUUUAUGAAGGAGAGCAGCAAUGAUCAAAGCUGUGUCUCAUAUGACUGCAUCACCUUUAAUUCAUAUGAGAAACCAUCAAACCACAGGCUAGAAGUAAAUAAAUUCUUAUUGUUUGAUUCUUUUAAGAUCA